AUGACCCCUCGACGAUCUUCAGAAUUGGACGUCACACCACCUUUACCACUUCGUACUCCUACUCCACCAGGUCACUCGCUCACUGGUGAGAGUAAUAAAAGGAAAAAAUCCCGUGAAGAAAAAGACUCUUUUUUUUCUUCUUGGUUUUUUGGAUCAAGUUCUCGACCCUCUUCACCAAGCCAUGAGUCUGGACCUCAGUCUAUGAGUAACGCACCAGCCAGAUCUAAAGGAAAAGCUCAUGCACGUAAACUUUCGGCUGGCAACUUAAAAGCUGCACUAACUGUACCUAAUGAAGGCGAGCCAAGGAGAAAAUCCUUUGAUUAUUUUCCUCAGGAUAUAAGUGCACGAUAUUUACCCCCUCCAGAAAAUUUACCCAAUUUACCCCCUCCAGAAAUAGCCCCAUUUGCGUAUCAGAGUGUUAAUCAGUGUGAAGAAAGUGAAAAAAGUUCAUUUAUAAGUUCGUUUACUGAACACCGACGGAAAAAGAGCUCAGAUAGCGAUUCUCUUAGUGUGAUAUCUUCCAUUAGUAAUAUCACAUCUAGCAAUAUACCUAUUCAUACUAUUCAUAAGGAAGAAAAAGAAAAAAAAAAGACUAUUAUAUUUAAUCUUUUCAGGAAAGGCUCCAAGGAAAAAGAGCCAUCGGCGCCUGAAGGGUUAUCUCGUAAAAAUACAGAGUAUUAUCUGAAUCUUUCACCUUACGACCAAAGAGACGAUCAUGUUUCAUCUAAGAAUCAUUACAAGAGCGUGAAGCACAAAAAGGAACAUAAAUCAUCGAAAAAGCAUAAGGAACUUGCUGCAUGCGAAUCGAUAAACUUGAACUUAGAUGACAUGAAAGAUAUCAUAAAAACUGAGCAUCGACACUCAGGUGUACCUUCUUUUAAAUCAUUUGAUGAGUUGUCACAAGAAAACCCAACUAUAGAAAGGACACAAUUUCCACCGAGUAUAGCAGAAAAUUGGACGGCUCCUGAGUCAUGGGCAGUAAACUUGCCUUACGUUCAUGAAAUUCCGAUAGAAAAAGAUAUUCACGUUAACAUUAAUGUUGAAGAUAGGGAUGAUUCGAAUAAAUUAUUUUGCAUUCGUAUAUUUCGUCCUGAUGCCACCUUCGGUACAGUAAGUUGUGGAUUGAACACUACUACUUCCGAAUUAUGCCAAAUACUUGGUAAAAAAUUUUUUGUUCGAGAUAUUUCAAAAUAUAAUUUAUAUGUGAUGAGGCACAAUUUAGAACGUGUACUAGGAUCUCAUGAACGGCCAUUACAAUUACAAAAGAGAUGGUUAGAACAAGCGGGAUAUACUUCAAAUGAUAAUUUGGAGGACCUUGGCAGGGAGGAUAACAGCUACUUAGUUCGCUUUACUUUCCGUGAAACUACUGUACCAAGAUUUGAAACAAUACCUAUAUUUCUUUAUCGACAAGCUUAUAAUAUCCGAUCUUUAAAUGUUUCACAAAAUCUAAUGCUCGAUCUUCCUAUGGAUUUCAUACAAUCUUGCACACAGUUACGUGACCUCAACCUUUCACAAAAUGACUUGGAACGUGUUCCACAAUCAAUUAAACAAUCAGAAAUGCUUUCUUUUCUUGAUCUAAAUUCGAAUCGCUUGAAAGAUUUGGAACAUGGAUCAUUAGAAAUGAUUGGGGAACUAACAAAUCUUCAAGUUGAAAACAAUUUGUUACAGGGAUUACCUGAGAAAUUUGCUGCCUUUACCAAAUUAAAUAUUUUGAAUGUUGCCAACAAUUCGUUCUCAGGCUUUCCUCAAGUUAUUUGCACUAUUGUGACGCUUUCGGAACUGGAUUUGAGUUAUAAUAAAAUAACUUCCAUACCAGAAGCAAUUGGAAAACUUAUCAACCUUAAAAAGUUGUUCCUCAUUGGAAAUCAAUUAACAGAUAAAUUACCUGAAAGUUUUCAAAAUCUAAUUUCAUUGCAAGAAUUGGAUAUACGUAGAAAUCAGAUAACGAGUCUUGACACGAUAUCUUUAAUUCCCAACCUUGAAAUUCUCCUGAUCGAAUACAACAGCGUACUGACGGUGGAAAUAUCUUCAAAAUCGUUGCAAAAACUCAUUCUGUCUAAAAACCAACUUACUCAUUUCUCGUUGAAAGAAACAGAAUCUUCUUUAAUAGAACUUUCAUUGGCAAAUGCAAAUCUUGUUACAUUACAAAAUGAUCUGUUCGAACGUCUUUUGUCUGUUCAAAAGCUUGAUCUUCGUAAUAAUAAGCUAACAUCGAUUCCAACGACAGUUGGGUUGAUGACGAAUUUAACACAUUUAACAUGUAUAUCUAAUACUCUUCGCACGUUGCCAAGUGAAAUUUGUUCUUUAGUCUCUUUACAUACAUUGGACAUUCAUUUCAAUCAUCUUGUUUCUUUACCACAAGAGAUUUGGCUUUGUCGAAGUUUAGCCACUUUAAACGUUAGCUCAAAUCUAUUAGAGCAAUUUCCAGCCCCUCCAACCACUUCAUCGCCUGAUCCUCCUCCACUCGUUCACUCACUUCGUAAUCUGUAUCUAUGCGAUAACGCUCUUACUGCUGGAAUAUUUAAUUUCAUUUCUUUAUUUUCUGAACUCGAAAUUUUGAAUAUCUCAUUUAAUUUUUUAGACGAAAUUCCUCCAGGAAAACUUUCUAAAAAUUGUCAUUUAACAGAAUUGUAUCUUUCUGGGAAUCAAUUGUCAUCGCUUCCAGAAGAUAUUGAAAAGCUAACUAAUCUAAGUGUUUUACACAUAAACGGCAACAGGCUGACAACAUUGCCCGCAGAAUUGAGUAAAAUAAGAAAGUUGGUAGUUCUUGACCUUAAAUACCUCAAUCUCUCGGGUAACAAAAGAUUUGAGAUAAAAUAUGUACACCAAAAUGAAAUCAAUCCACUUCAAAGAAAUCGGAAUUUGGCAGACUUUGAAGACCUUACUGAUUUGAGAAUUCUUGGUCUUAUGGAUAUAACACUUUUAAAUUUUUUGCUUCCUGAAGAAACUGAUAAUCGUCGUGUUCGGACGUCGGCUCCAGUAGUAAAUUCUAUGCGAUAUGGUAUGGCAGAUACACUAGGAAAAUCAGAUAAUCUUUCAAUUUGGGAAUCUGUAACGCCAAAGUUUCGUGGACGUGAAGACGAGUGUAUUUUUGGGCUUUUUAAUGCCCGCUCCGGCUCCGAUCAAGGUGUUCGAGUUACUAAAUAUUUACGUGAUUGUUUCCUGUUCCACUUUGAAACUGAGCUCAAUAAGUUAAGAAACAGUGGAGACAGUGAUUUGGUAGAGUCGGCUUUACGAAGGUCUUUUUUGAGUUUAAAUAAAGAACUUGGUUCAAAGGUCUUCAACUCAAGUAUGGAAAUGACAGAAAACGGAUAUCACCACUCUUCGCUAGGUAUUGAUGACAAUAAGUCUGGCGCCUCCGGGUUAGUUGCUUAUAUUUCUGGGACAACAUUAUAUGUUGCAAACGUUGGUGAUACUGUGGCAGUUAUCAGUCGUAAUAACAAGGCAUGUCCGGUUGCACAAUGUCCAGAAGUUUUUGGUGAAAUUGAAAGAAUAAGGCAAGCUGGAGGGUAUAUGUCACACGAUUGCCUUGUCAAUGGGGAACUGGAUGUAUCUCGGUCAUUUGGACAUUUUCAUUUAACACCAAUUAUCAACGCUAAUCCUGUAACAGAGGUAGUUCAACUCUCGGAACAAGACGAAAUAUUAAUUCUUGCUACUCGAGAAUUAUGGAAAUAUGUAAACUAUCAAGUUGCGGUUGAUAUAGUUAUAACACAAAAGGAAAAUCUCAUGCUAGCUGCCCAAAAACUGCGAGAUUUCGCCAUUUCCUAUGGUGCUGAUCAAAAUAUCAUGGUAAUGAUUAUAGGGGUUGGGGAUUUGUUUGACCGUCGUCUCUCUAAGCGGAUAAUAGGGACCGAAAGAAUAGAUGAUGUAGGUACAGUAAAAUUUUUUGUUAGCAGAAGAAGAAGAGAUGAAAUAUCGACACAGUUAGGAGCAGAAAUUGCACCACCGACAGGACAAGUAGCGCUAGUUUUUACUGAUAUAAAAAACUCUACAUCUCUUUGGGAAACAAAAUCAGAAGCAAUGCGUUCCGCAAUUAAAACUCAUAAUCAAAUCAUGCGCAGUAAUCUACGCAAAAUUGGUGGUUAUGAAGUAAAAACUGAAGGAGAUGCCUUCAUGGUAUCCUUUCCGACAGUAGCAUCAGCUCUUUUAUGGUGUCUUACUGUACAAAUUGAACUUUUAAAAGCUGAUUGGCCACCAGAAAUUAUUAAGUCAGACGAUGGAAAGGAAGUUUUUGAUAGGCAUGAUAAAGACUUAUUGAUAUAUAGAGGUUUAUCUGUUCGAAUGGGCAUACAUUGGGGUAACCCAGAUUGUGAAAUGGAUAUAUUAACAAAGAGAAUGGAUUAUUUCGGACCUAUGGUUAAUAAAGCUGCAAGAGUCUGUAAUGCGGCAGAUGGUGGGCAAAUUUUCGUGAGUGCUGAUGUAAAAUCAGAAAUUGAUGGUUUCAUAGAUGAUCCCGAUAGGAAAAAUAGUAUUGGAGGCGAUGAUGAAAUACAGGGGUCAUCUAGUAGCGGCUUGGAUAAGAAUUUGAAGGAAUUGAAGAAAAUGGGAUUCGUUAUAACGAACAUUGGCGAAAGAAAGCUUAAAGGACUAGAGCACACAGAAAUGCUAUCAUUAGUUUAUCCGGAAAGGCUUAAAGGUAGAUUAAAUGAGGAUUUGAUGAAAUCUAGGAAUUCUUUAACAGUUACAGAAAAUUAUGAACCUAUUGCACCCACUCGAUUAGUUAGUCCAUCAUCUGUACGCAAUCUUGGAUAUCUUUGUCUUCGCCUUGAACGUGUGGCAUCUGGAAAUGUAAGCCAUCGUACUUCUCGAAAUUCAAAGAUAGAUCAUUUGACUGGAUUGUUAACAUUCCAUGUUAAGGAUAAUGCUGAUGAUGAAGCGUUAUUGAGAAUAAUGGAGAGCCUGAUUACACGGAUUGAGAAUGCGAUAUCAACUUUAUAUCUUAAUAAAGUUGGAAGGUUUGCUCGUGUCCUUGAAGAGCUCGGAGAUGCACUUUCACUUGAUCCAGAUCAUAUUGUUCGUGCUUUACAGAUGUAUGCACAAUACACAAUUGGUAGAACUGAGAUGGAUAAUGUACAGCUUUUUGAUAACCAGAAUGAAAAAGAGAUGUUACAUGGAAACAUUGGCCCGUUCUUAGGCUGA